CUGUUUACAACAUCAAACGACAGCGAGGUGGAAUUUCCCAGGUUACAGCAGAGACCACUUCCGCAAUUGGUGUCUGGGUAAAUCGAUGGAGCCACUGAGGCCUAAAGCCACCUCUUCUUCUAAUCAAUAAUGAACGAAGAAAGAAAGAAAGGGCGAAAAGACAGAUUCCCAGCACCAUGCCUGGUAAGUGAAUCAGUAGCGAUGGAAGGAAAAGGUCCCUAUCGUAUCUACGACCCAGGCGGGGGCGAGGCUAAGGCCAGAGAGGCCAGGGAGGAGGGCAGCAGCGUUGGAGAGAGCAGCUAUAGACUACUACUGGAAGAGAACAGCGUGCUCAGAGAUAGGAUGAAGGGACUCAAGAGCUUAGGAGACCUGUUGGAGGAGUCUCAGUGGGAGGCUUCUAAGUUGCGUCAGCGUGUAGAAGAGCUGGUCAGAGACAACGAGGCCCUGAAAUCUUCUACCUCCAGCUUCGCUACCAGUCUGUGUAUGGGAGGACCUGUUCAGACUGAGACACAGGGUCAAGGGAAGCUUCACCGCCAACCCAGUAUGGACCAGAGACCGAGUCAGUCGGUUCUCUCAACGGAGAAGGCCCUACAUCAUGAUCAGCCCAGCGAAAGUCUGUCCGAGUUUGAAGUGGUGAAUAUGGAGGAGAAGAUCUCUGAUACCCAGACGGCUGGUGCAGGAACAGGACAGUUCCCUCAGGAGAACCAGGAGUUAACCAGCCAGCUGCAGCGUCUAGAAAGCUCUUUCAGUAUCUUUGCUGAGGCGUCCAACCCCAACCAACUCCUAGCCCACCUGGGACGCAUGGCCGUCGAGUUCCACCACCUCUCCUCCAAGGUCCAGAAGAACGAGCAGAGGACGUCCCUCCUGCAGACUCUUUGUGAGCAGCUCAGACAAGAGAACAACGAGCUGAGAAAGAAGAUGGAGGAGGACCUUCAGUACAGAAACGGAGACGUUGAACUUCUGAGACCAGAGAACCUGAAGCUAAAAGAGCAGGUAACGGGAGCAGGAGAGACCGCAGCAGAGAGCCAGGGGCAACCAGAAGCCAAAGAAGAAGUGGUGAAAGAGGAAACUGCCAGCGUUAGAUCCAAGAUGGAAGUCAGCACACCACAGAAGCGGAGGGGGAAUGCCACAGAGAAAGCCCCUGCCAAGCCCUGUGACCCAGAGGCCUAUGAGAAGAAGAUCAAGCUUCUAGAGAAGCAGAGGAAAGAUGUACUGGACGUGAACAAGCAGUGGGAUGUCCAGUGGAACUCUAUGAAGUCACAGUUUGAACAGAAGAUCACAGACCUGCGUCAGCGGCUAGCGGACUCCCAGAAGGCCGUGCAGGAGUUAGAGGCGGAGCGAGAACAGAGGCAGCGGGACUACGAUAAGAAGCUGCUGCUCGCCAAGUCCAAGAUCGAGAACGUACAGGGGGAGAAGGAGUGUCUGAACUCUGAGACCACAGAGUUGAAGAAGAAGGUUCGUUACCUGCAGGAUCAGCUGCUGCCCCUCAGUAAACAGAGAGAGUACCAGGAGAAGGAGAUACAACGCCUCAACAGGGCUCUAGAAAAGGCCCUGAACCUGCACCCUCCCCCCUCCUCCCAGCAGCCACCGGGCCAGGGCACCAGUGGUAACCAUGACGACAGGCCUAGUGACUUGAUAACGGUGUUAAAGGAACAGGUGAAGAUCUUUGAGGAGGACUUUCGGAAAGAGCGGAGCGACAGGGAACGAAUGAACGAGGAAAAGGAGGACUUGAGGAGACAGGUGGAGAGGCUGCAGGGUCAGGUGACCAACCUCACCAAUCAGGCCCAGAGGGAGAGAUGCAAGCUGGAGAGACUACAGAUGCAGCAUCAUAAACAGCAGCAGCAGGAGAGGCGUACCUCAGGCACCAUGAACGGCCCUCUGAGCCCUCCCUACUAUGGUCCCUUUAUGCAGGUGGCUCCAGGAGGAGGCCCGGGGCAGGACGUCCGGACAAUACACCACCAACCCAGGAUACUCAACAUCGCAGCGGCCGCUGACAGUGUAGCGCAAACGGGACAUGGCAACUUCACACCGGUAAGGAUCAGUCCACCGCAACUGGAUUUGGAAGAAGAGAGCGAUAGAAUACUGACCCUGGAAAGCACUAAGGUCCUCUUUGUUCCCUCACCGUGGAGCCAGCUGGGUGGCAGCAGCAUGAAUCAGUUUGUUUUCAGUUGACCAGGUGUGAUUUGAACUAUAAUUUUCCUACUGAACUGUAGAUAUCCUGUUGUAAUGUUGUUUAUACUUGCCUUUUUAUAAGCCUACUUGUUGAAACACUGUUUUCGCUCUUCAGAAUUAUAAUAUAAUUUAGAUUUUUCUUCUUUAACCUCAUAUAAUCUUUUGGGAGAUUCAAUAUCUGCUUCAUAUGAUUCUAUGCAGGAACUGAAGUCAUUUGUGUGUAAUAGGUUGAAAUGAUCAAAAUGUAAUAUUUAAGACAAUAUACCUAUGUGAUUAUCGACUAUUGACGAUCGUCCCACUGCAAAAUAUGUAACGUUUUUACAAAGCUGUUUUUUUUAUUUACUCGUAGGGUCAAGGGGUCUAUUAUCCCAUGUCAAUAACAACAAAUACUACUUGUAUUCAUUCCAACGAUAUAUAAUUUAUAUAGGUAAAUUGCCUUGGAAUUGGAAUCCAUAGAAAUGGUAACCGUGGAUGUUUCCAUUUCUGAGAAUGUUUUCAGUACCGUUGGUGUUCUAGAACUGUGCUGUAAGUAUAACUGUUCAUACAGUGAUUUGUUACAAUACAUUAAACUUGGGAAGUGAAUUUAGCUGGUAUGUCACACCAAAAAAAAAAAACAUGAUUGUGGUGAUCAUUUAUUUAUAAUCUACUGUUUUGAUGGUUGCAUUGACUAAAUGUAAAUCACUUGUCUUUAGUAAUGCUGUUCUUUCUGUUAGUGUACUCCCAAUAUAUUGUAGCUAUGGGCGUCGUAUGUUGGUUACGCAUACAUGCGCACGUACCCUCACAAGAGUACCCGAUUCGCCAAAAAUGAGCAAUGUCAUUUCAAUGCAACACCUUUUUUGAUUUAAAUAUUUGAUAAUCGAUUGCGAUAUGUAUUGCUAUCCUAAGGUAGACAAGUCCUCAACAUAUUUACCCCCAAAGCUGUCCAGUCAUAUGUCUGGAGGAUUGGUUCAUAGUUCGUAGUAUACCCAGGCUUUGUCCCAAUAGUCUUGAAUGGCUUCCUUUCCUGACUUCCUUUCCUGACUUCCUUUCCUGACUUCCUUUCCUGACUUCCUUUCCUGACUUCCUUUCCUGACUUUCUUUCCUGACUUUCUUUCCUGACUUUCUUUCCUGACUUUCUUUCCUGACUUCCUUUCCUUCCCUAAUGCUGACAGUUGAUAGCACUACUGUAGGGUGUAGGCUGGUUCUGGUUAGCCUACCUGAGCGCUCUGCUAGCAGACUAUGGUCAGUAUACUGUAGGAGCUGUAAUAUGUGAAUUUUAUAUUGAGUUAACAGGGUACGAUUGGUCUCCAUCAUAUUGCUUUAACCUGUCAGUCAUGUCCUCUUCUUUUUUUUUUACAUCAGAGGAGAGGAAACAAAGCUAAAAAUAAAAUAAAAAAUAAACAUUUUUUAAACGGAGACUCGUCUAACCCCCAAGGAUCAGUCAGUCAGCGAUUUACCUCAGUGAUAAACCACCUCAGCCAGACUCCCGGCCCUGGUCAAAAGUCCCUUUUGCUGUUGGGGCCACAUCCCUGACUCCGCUGGCUUCUGUCUCAAUCCUGUAAGACCAGCAGCUCCAUACUAAUGCCUAUCUAUCUACAGUAUCUAUCCGGCAGAACCUCUGUGAUACCGUCAAGAGCCGUUUUGAAAUACAAACCCAGCCUUGUACCUUACCCCCAGGUACUUCUGUUGAUCAGAGGAUUGGAUAGGUGUUGAUAAAAUGGUGCAGAGUUAUUACUAUAUUGCUUAUACUUUACCGAUGCUUUGAUAUCUUCACUAGUGUCUGGACUUUAAGGGGCGAGGGGUCGGUCACUACCCUAGAGCUCCACCAAACCAAAUCACACAUCAGAAGGAUUGGAGAACUAGUCUUCUGUAUCUCCUGAAUCAAAGCUACAUAGGAUUGCAUAUGUAUGGGUAUUAUAAACCUUCUGUGUAUGUUGCAUUCAGACUGGUAAAGAUGGGUGUUUUAUUCACAAUAUUCACUGUAAAUCCAGUUGGAUUUUUAUUUUUUAAAGAAGUUAGAUUCCAGAAUAGUCCAAUAGUUGAAUUGCACUUUGAAAUGAAUGCUUUUGUUUUUUUUUCCCCUCUGGCAGUUGUCUUUUUCUAGUUUGUAGUUCUGGAGUUUUGCAGGAGGCAAAAAAAGCACAAUACCUUUUUUGUAUUUGGCUUAAUAAACAUAUCCUAAAUGUCUUCGUA